GGUGACAAGGGGAGGAAGGAGAGUUUUCUAAAACCAGACAAGAUAAGAUAGACAUGUUCGCCGUAUUGUAUGCUGUAUCUAUUUGCUAGUUACACGUUGUAAAGAGGUGAGGUAAUAUUUACCUUUUCCGAUUUCUGUUUUGAUGAAUUUAACGGAAUAUACACUGAUAAAAAUAAGAAUUUCCAUCACUUCCGAUAGUAACUGAUUAAAUUGAAAGAAUGGCAGAUUUGCAGCUUGAUCUCAAUCAGUCGUUAGAUUUAAGAAUUGCCCAGUUUAAAAAUGACCCGGAAAAAAUGGCUGAUGUAAAUGAUUUUCUCAAUGAAAUUUUUGAGAAGGCACAAAAAGAAGCCGACCGCAGAUCUAGUGGAGGAAAGAAAGGAAAGCUUGAUGCUUUAGGGAUACAAAACGGAACAAAGAAGAUCGGAGCAUGGUCCAACAGGGCUAAGUCGUCUGCGAGAACUUUUGCAACCCGGAUUUUUACCACCAUAUGUAAUUGUACCAAUACAGUGCGGAGUACUCUUAUUGCUCGCAACAAUAGUAAUUAGGAAAAUCGUACAGAAAUCUUCCUCUAACAUAUAGUCGACUUCGUAUGGUUGUUACUCAAAUAAAAGACAAAAAACUCGUGAUAUGUACGUAGCUAUUGUGUUUAAGUAUUUACUUACUAAUAUAAUGAUUUAAGUUAUUUAUAUGAAAUUGAAUGAUAAUAGAAAAGUCACACAAAAAAGGCGAAAAUAAUUCAAUAAGUAUAUCAAAUAUUCGCAUUUGUUACACUUACACGCUUUGAGAAGAAGACUCGAACAAUCAAUAUAUAUUCAACAAUAAUUGUUGCUUUGGCAACUUCACUCUCGAGUUAUCAAGGAGCGAUAUCUAAAAAAACUAAUUUUUCCUGAAAUAAUUGUAUGAUGAUAAAAGAAAACAAUUUCAAAGAAAAUGAGAAAAAAUAACUAUGGAUAUAUUAAAAUUUACAAAAGCAUUACAAAUAGCUUAUAAUUUAAUAACAAUAUCAUUUGACACAAAAAGAUAAUAGUAGGUAUACUUAUGUAGAUCAAGUAUUCAAUGUGACCAGAACAACGCAUUAUAAAAAAUUACCUUUGUGUACCCUAAACUGUUUGGUCAAUGAUCUAAAAUUUAAGUGAUCAGUUUAACUUCGAAUAAUAAAAUCUUAACAGGAAUAACUAAAAUCUAUCCAACGAGUCAGGGAAGAUUUCGACAGACGACAGCCAAAAAUGACAGAUAAUACAAUUUACCUGCGAAUUAAAAUGGCAGACAACUGUCACUGUCUUGUAUGCUCUCGUUGGGCAGACUAUAUUAUCAUAAUUUUAAUUAACAAAUUUUAUAAAAACGUAUCAACCAAUAUAUCCAUAAAAAAUGAAGCAUAGCAAGGUUGAUUCUCACUAAACGUUCCAUCUUCGUUGCAUACGUGUUGCCAGUGUACGUAAAAUAACGUUUACGGAACUGAUGCAUCCAAAGGAGGACGCCCACAGAAUCAACUCGGACCGGUCGACUCGACUAAGAGCUAUCAGAGGGUUUUGGUAUUACCCUUGUAUAUCAGGGUAUUGCAUAGAAAUAAAUAUAAUCCCGUGCACUAAACCGGACCGGUGGACGGAAUUCGACGAGUGUGCAGGACGAUUAAUUGCGCGGUACAACAUUAUUUAUUUCUAUGUAUACCAAAACCUGCCGUUAGCUCUUUAGGCCAGUCAAUCUGGAGGUUGAGGUGGAAAAAAUUAGUAACCAACCGAUCUCAACGAGAAUGUGUAGAUAAUGAUCUCCUAUUUAACCCCUCAAAAGUCCCAUUCGGUCCCAGUGGGGGAAGUUUGAAAAAA